AUGGCUCCAAUUCGCCGUAUUGCCCAGAUUGUUCACCUCAAGCCUUCGGCCGUGGCAGCGUAUAAAGAAUGCCACGCGAACGUCUGGCCGGAGGUUCUGCAGCAGAUCAAGGACUGCAAUAUCCAGGACUAUUCAAUCUUUUUUGAUAAUGACCGCACCCUCUUUGCGACUUUCAAGUACGUCGGAACUGACUAUGAGGGCGAUAUGGAGCUCAUGCGAGCCAACCCGAAGGUGCGGGAGUGGUGGGCUAUGACAGAUGGAAUGCAGGAGAGCCCCAUUCCUGGUGCCGUUGGUAGUGCCGAUGGGCCAGGAUGGUGGAAGGUAUUGGACGAAGUCUUCUAUAACGAGUAA